AUGAGAAAUCCGCGAUCCAAGAUGAACUUUGCUGUUCGCCUCUUGGGUGCUUGUUACAAUACACUCAUGAGCGCUACACCAAUCAUCAACUCACCUGCCAACUUUGUCGGUUGGCUCAGAAUAUUCGAGUCUCCAAAACUAUGUUCAGAGUGGCUACAGCUUCGGAAGCUUUGUCGCCGAGCCAAGAUCCCAUGUGACCCCUGGCUGCCAGAAUUCCCAAGUCAGUUUAUCACAGAGAAGAAGUUUAGGAAGUUCCAGGCAUGUUCAAUGACCUUUACGUCACACGUCGUGUCCGGUACUAAUGGUAGAAAAGAGGAAAUGGACAAAACGGAGAUCGGAGAGCGCCUGCAGAUUACGUUUGCACGCACGAUUAAACGCAGAACGUAUACAUCAACAUACCCUCCGUGCUCCAAAAACUACACACACAUGAUUGGACAGGACCUGCCACCGUUGCGGAAGUAUACAACUAACCUACCUAUGGACUCAUCAUCUGGACGCUUCCUGUACCAACGCUACGCCGACGAUAUCUGGAACAAAGAGUUGUUUACUUCAGACGGAGUGGGGUAA